CGGAAGCUUCCCAUUUGCUGUUGCAGGCGGCGGGAGCGGAGCGGAGCCUCGCACUCGCCACUGCAGUUUUGUCCUGGCGCGAGGACGGGACAAGGUGCCAGGCGCGGGUGGGUCCGGCGCAGGAGCCCUUUUCUCCCACGUUGACCGCACCAUCGCAUCAACUGACUCCCUCCAUCCCUGGGCUCCCGGCCAGGAGGAAGAAGGGGGAAGGUCGGACGGGGAGCGCUGAAAUGGUGAAGGACAGCGCGUACUACGACGUCCUGGAGGUCAGCACUGACGCCUCCGUGGCCCAGAUCAAGAAGGCCUACUACCUCAAGGCCAAGCUGGUGCACCCCGACAAGAAUCCCGACAACCCUGACGCCGCCUGGAGGUUUCAGGAAUUAGGUGAAGCCUAUCAAGUCUUAAGUGAUCCGGUGAAAAAGGAGGCUUACGAUAAGUAUGGAAAGGAAGGUCUUCCCCAAGAUAACAUGAUCGAUCCAACUGCUGUCUUUGGGAUGCUUUUUGGGAGUGACUAUUUUGAAGAUUAUGUUGGUCAACUUGCGCUAGCAUCUGUUGCUUCAGUAGAGAUUGAGGAAGAAUCAACUACCCCUGAGGCAAGGACAAGAGUUCAAGAGAAGAUAAAGAACUUGCAAACUGAAAGAGAGCAAACACUUAUUCAGAGUCUAAAGGACCGGCUGCAGCCAUAUGUUGAUGGGAGGCAAGAAGAGUUUGGUGAUUGGGCAAAUGCAGAAGCUCGGCGCUUGUCUCAAGCUGCUUUUGGUGAGGCUAUGCUUCACACUAUUGGGUACAUUUAUGUUCGACAAGCAGCAAGAGAACUUGGAAAAAACAAACUGUAUAUUGGUGUACCAUUCAUAGCAGAGUGGGUAAGGGAUAAGGGCCACCAUGUAAAAUCACAGGUUAAUGCUGCUGCAGGUGCAAUUUCUCUGAUACAGCUACAAGAAGGGAUAAAAAAGAUUGAGGAGGGCGAUAACAAGGAAGAGCAGCUUAUUAAGAAUAUUGAAGAGAAAAAGGAUGCGAUGCUCAAUUCUUUAUGGAAAAUUAAUGUGGUUGAUAUUGAGUCAACGCUUUCACGUGUCUGCCAAGCAGUUUUGAAAGAAACUAAUAUUCCCAGAGAUGUACUGAAGUUGCGAGCAAGAGGAUUGAAAAAGCUGGGGACAAUCUUUCAAGGUGCGAAAUCACACUACCGACGCGAAAACAGCCUGCGGGUUGAAGAUGGGACGACGGAGGCGACACCGUCGAACUGAUGAGGACGGUUGUGGAUAACUCUCUCAUCGCUUCCGGAGACAACACCCCCAACGCCGACCACUAGCUGCCUUAGAAGAGCCAGGCAUUGUUCUCUGCGUGAAGAGUGAAGAUUGGUAUACUGUAUGAACGCAAGGUAUUCCAACCUUUUUUGUCUCGCUAUAUAUACAGUAUUCGUUGCCUGCAAACAGUCGAUAUCUACGUGAAUAAUUCAUGAAACCAGUGUUUUGUCCAA